ACAUCCAGAGCACUCUUCUGCACAGACUAAAGUAUUAUAAGCCUGUGUGUUUUUAUCUUUUAUUGUCUUCUUUCCCAGGCUCUUGCUCUACACUAAGAAAAACAUCAUAAUUCUGAAAUUCAGACUUCCGCCGUAGACAUAAGCUCUGCUUCUUCUCAGGAUAUACACAUAUACGCAACCCGUGAAGUUCAGACAUCUUCUCAAAAUCAGUAAUGCGUGAAGAGGGGGUAAUUUAUUCUAAUGUGCGACCUCAGCAAAGAAGGCGAAGGCCUGAAACUCGCCAAAGCAAAGAUCUUUCUUCUCCAUCUCCAUGGAAAAUUGUGGCAGUGAUUCUGUGGAUCAUUUGCCUCAUCCUGCUUCUGUCAGUAGGAGUUCUAGCUGCAAAGUUGAAUCAGAACUUAUUUCAAGCAGAAGAAUACCUGAAAAAUAUUUCUUCUAACAAGGAAGAAAAUGAAACAGUUUGGGAAUGUCCUAUUUGUCCAGUCAACUGGCAUCAGUAUGGAGAAAACUGUUACCAUGUUUCAAGAAAAGAGCUUCGUUGGAAAGAAUGUUCUCAACAUUGCAUUGAUUCAGGUUCAAGUUUUCUCAGAUUGGAUAUUGAAGAAGAGAUGAAUUUUGUAAAAAAUUUGUCAAAGAUGGAAUGUGGCUUAGAGCAAGAAAACUUUUGGAUCAGUUUAUAUUACAAUAACAAAAAACUGAUAUGGGUUUGGCUAGAUGGCACAGCUCUUACUUUGGACAAGCUUCAACUUCCAGAAAAUGAGAAUGUCAGUAAUAAAUGCAUGCUUAUAAAAUAUGGCCAGAUAAUUGCUGAAGACUGUCAAAAUACUGGCUAUUGUAUUUGUAAGAAGACACCAUAUUCAAAUGUGUUCAAAUAUAGUUAUUGAAAUGAAAAUCAUUUCGAAUAAACACUUGAAAUUUUUCAGUGUGAGGACUUCGACUAUAUGAACUAUGGUUAUAAUAAGAUGUUAUUAAACACUGAAGAUCAUAUAAGAUGAUUACUUUUUUAAACUUUAAUUCUCAGUAUGUAACAGGAUAAAUGUAAUAAACAAUAUAUUAGCAGCAAAAAUAAUACAAAGAAAGUAAGUAAUAACAAGUAAGUAAUAACAAAAUUUAUUUUCAUAGACCUAUUAAA